GAAUUGCGGCGUAUAGUUUAAUGCCCGCUUCGUUUACGUGUCCGCCGAGCAAGAGAGGUGUGUGACGCUUCGGGUUGGGACGUGUUGGCCAAUCAUACCGUUCGAAUUCCUUCGUCUUGUGUCGGAUAUCAAUUGUCACAGGUUUGAGAAGUUCCACAUGUGCAUUUUGCGAUUCUCUGACCCGGCUCGAUGGGUCGCGCAAUUCUUGCCGCUGCCAAUGUGGCCUUCAUCUUCACCGUCAUCCUUCAAUGCGUGGUUGCUGUGACACCAACACCCACCACAACGUCCACGGUGACACAGACCGUAAACGAUUUGUUUGCGUCGGCCCAAGGGAUCACAUUUGGCCCAGGUCUCAUCGCGUCUGCCGCCAUCGUCGGUGGCGUGCUCGUCGCCUUGUGGGGAUACAAGCUCUUUCGCCCAGUCAUGUUCAUCAGCGGAUUUGCUGUCGGGUCAAUCCUUGGAUACAUGUUGGCCGAACGAUUUUUCAGCGAGAAGACAUACUUCCAAACGGCGGCUUGGAUCAUGUUUGUCGUGCUCGGGCUACUUGUCGGCACAACUGUAAUGAGCAUUUGGGCGUGGGGUGUCUUCCUCGUCGGUGCUGCCGCUGGCGCGCUGCUUGGUUUCCACGUGAACACGUCGUUUGGUUACCUCAUCUACCCCUCGAACCCCGAGACGAGUCUGUGGAUUUGCGUGAUUGUCUUUGGCCUGAUCGGCGGGUUUCUCGGGUCCUGGUUUGAGCGCCCUGCUCUCAUUGUGGCCACGAGCUUCUUCGGUGCGGCUGCCGCUGUCUGGGGCAUCGGGUACUUUGCAGGUAAGUACCCCAAUAGCCGGGAACUCGACCAGUGGCGCACGGACGCGGCCAACGGCACGUUUUCGUACAACUUGCCCAAAGAGUGGUGGUAUUACCUGGCUGGCACGAUCGUGUUCUUCGUUGUCGCGAUGUACUUUCAGUUCAACAAGUCUGCAUUGGGAGUGUUCCACCAAAACCCCAAAGCAAAGAACGCCAACGCCGCUCCCGCCGUGUACACGACCGCAACGCCUCAACGAGGCCAGCCCAUUUCCCAUGUCUAAAGCUGCUAAGUACAGGACAAUCUCUCGCACUGAUUUGUCAUGGCCUUGCUGUCGUUGUGUUUGUUCGCAUGGUCGAAUCACAGUGCCAGCUGACAAUGGAGAUGCACACAUCUGAAUAGCGCCGGCACGCUUUUGGCUGCAUACUCGAGUCCUCGAUCUGAUAUGCUGUAAAACCAUGGAGCCAUGUCGAAUAGCCACAAAUAGCCACGCCUCUAAAGUUGUCGAGGGCGUGGUAUGAACGGGAAC